AUGUCCGAACCAGAUAAAAGCCUGUGCGUGACGAAAUACAAGACAGUGCCUUCGCCUCAAAACGAAGUUGAAUCUCAAAUUCGACGAUCGAAGCGUUCGGAAACCUUGAAUCCAUCCAGAAGAUCUUGUCACUCUUGCGACUAUCAGCGCGAAAUUCAAAGUGGGCAUCGCAAAAUUAAUUCGAGGUUGAAAACCUUAGACAGGAGGGUAAUCAGAAGCGAACACAACGUUUCCGUGCAAAAGGAUGAUGAAGAUUUCAGCGAUUUCGGUGACUAUUUGCAUAAAACUCCCCCUCAGAAAUUCAGUUCCAGCCGUCGAAGAUCGAAGGAUACGAAAAAUAGGAGACAAUCUAAAGAAGAAAUGCUUGAAAAUGCGGGAUUAAAGCGUUUGAAGAACGAGGAAUCACGGGCCAGAAGCAAAUGGGGAACUAUUAGCCUCGAACGUGGAAACGUUGGCCAAAAAAUAUCGGCCUACGAGGAGAAUGCUAAACGUAGUAGUCGAAAUUGGGAAUCUCUCGACACUUAUCAAGUAUUCCCCGAAAUGAACAAACAUCGAGCUAUUGGUGUACCAUUAGUGGGCAUGCAUAAUGCGUGUGGUUUGCCUGUAGUGGCUUCGUGGCACGAUCAUGAACUGUUGGAACCCUUGAGAGUUAAAGGCAGAGUUUUGGGGACGUUAAAGCCGAUUUUCAAAGGAUCACGUGCUUCGAUUAAUUUUCGUCAUCGGACUCAUCCUAAAAGAAAAAUGCCACCGAAUCAGAGUAUUUCUAGGAGGAAUCGUGCUUCAGAUUUGAGAGAGUUUCAUAGGAAAAUUGAGUAUCCGUCGGUAAAGUCAGUAGAUUCUUUAGCAGCGGGAGGUAGUCACGUUAAAAAGAGAAGGAGUCGACAACCUUCGUUCAAGGCAAAGAAAACGGGCACAUUUUCGUCCAAAAGUUCUAUAAAACAAAAGGCAAGGUUAGAUGGACGGAAAAAUAAAGAAAAUUCUCUUACCAAUAGUCUUCGUAGAAAAUCAUUCGAUGUUGGAACCACUAAAAGGCGAACCUUGUACGCGAGGGACGAUGGCGAGGAUGCUGUGCAAGUUCUCAAGAAUUUAUGUUUAAAUCCUUUAGCUCGAACGAAAUCCGAAACUGAUAUGAUAUGGUGA